AUGCGGCGUGUCACGGUUGGCGGUGUGCUUGGUAUCAGUGAGAAGAUCAAAAUGCAAAUGAACCGUGGACAUCCCGCCAACCUUACGCUUGAAUUCCACAUGCCGCCGUCGAGCACGGAUUUAAGAGUGAGACGCCUGUAUUCUUGCGGUUAUGUAUCACCCUCUCGCAAACCUCACAACUUCCUCGAAUGUCCUUCUCCUAUUCAACGGUCACCAGGUCUCUUUGGCCGCCCAGAUUCUCCACUCCCAGAAGAUUCCCUCCCCCGAACCGGAGAAAGCAUCACGCCCCAGCCGCUCAAUCCUCCCUCGAUCGACGGCACAACCAAAUACAUGACCCACGACGGCUCAGCCUCCUGGCAUUCAACAUUCAACCCACUCGCUCCUACCCCUCCUGGUCAACAUCGGCUCCUCGUCCUCCACUGCGCCUGUACCCUGCCUCUACGCAAAACCCCCAAAACCGCGUUGACCACCCAACACCGGCUCAACGUGCGCAAAUUCCAAAAUCAUCUCCACGCGUUAGUCUUCCGGUCCUUUGAACCCUUGCAACAGCGGAUCCUCGAUCUGGGGGAUAAACGUCGACUCUUCGGAUUUACGAUGCCUUGGUUGCGAAGGGAGGCGAAAAAGCCGUGUCAGGGCAAAGAUGGUGUGCAUGAGCGUCACGGAGAUGGUCUAGGCUUUCGAGAGGUCGAUGUGAGGGACGCAAGUGGGCUGGAUGGGCUGCGCCGUAGUUUUGCCAGACAACUCUUGGAUCCUCAGCUUGGAUUCGGUCGGGGUGACUUUUGUUCAUGGAUGUACGACCUAAUCGGAACAAGAGAAGGUCAGGGCUACAACAAAAGGAGCUAUUGA